UUCCUUUUUUCCAGAUCAAAUGGCAUCUACGUUCCAAUGGAGUCUAGUUCCAGAGCAGGUCUGUCUGGCGGGGUUAUUGCUGGAAUAUCUAUUGGCGUCGUAGCUGGACUUCUGCUGUUGGCAGCUUCUAUAUAUUUUGGAUAUUUCCGAAAGAAAAUGGCUGACAAAUUAAUCUCUCAAGAGUUCCAAGAGUUCACUGUUGAAGAAGAGAAGGGAUAUGGUGGUCCUACUGGCAUCACAGUGGACAAAUCAGUGGAGUUCUCAUAUGAAGAACUAGCUACUGCCACCAAUAACUUCAGUUUGGCUAAUAAAAUUGGUCAAGGAGGCUUUGGUGCUGUCUAUUAUGCAGAGCUGAGAGGCGAGAAAGCUGCAAUCAAGAAGAUGGAUAUGCAAGCAACAAGAGAAUUUCUAGCUGAAUUAAAAGUCCUAACAAAUGUUCAUCACCUUAACCUGGUGCGCUUAAUUGGAUAUUGCACUGAGAACUCUCUUUUCCUGGUUUAUGAAUACAUUGAUAAUGGAAACUUAAGUCAACAUCUGCGUGGCACAGGAAGAGAUCCGCUGCCAUGGUCUACCCGAGUUCAAAUUGCUCUGGAUUCUGCCAGAGGCCUUGAAUAUAUUCACGAGCAUACAGUUCCUGUGUAUAUCCACCGUGACAUAAAGUCGGCAAAUAUAUUGAUAGAUAACAGCUUCCAUGGGAAGGUUGCAGAUUUUGGAUUAACUAAACUGGCUGAAGUGGGAAACUCAUCACUUCCCACUGGUCAUCUUGUGGGAACAUUUGGAUAUAUGCCGCCAGAAUAUGCUCAGUAUGGUGAUGUCUCUCCUAAGGUUGAUGUCUACGCUUUUGGAGUUGUUCUUUUUGAACUUAUUUCCGCCAAGGAAGCCAUCGUCAAGACAACUCAAUCUGAUGCUGACUCAAAGGGCCUUGUAGCAAUGUUUCAUGGAGUUCUUAAUCAGCCUGCUCCUACGGAAGAUCUUCGCAAAUUGGUUGACCCAAGGCUGGGGGAUGACUACCCUAUUGACUCAGUUUUGAAAAUGGCUCAACUUGCAAAAGCAUGCACACAAGAAAAUCCCCAACUGCGUCCAACUAUGAGAUCUAUUGUAGUUGCUCUCAUGACACUUCAUUCUUCCACUGCUGAUGAUUGGGACGUUGGUGCCUUGUACAAUAAUCCCAAUCUCAUGAAUCUGAUGUCGGGAAGAUAAAAAUGUGGAUGCAAAUAUUAUAAUCUUGCUUUCAAUACUUUGUUAGCAAUUGAGAAAUUUAGUGAAGCACAAGAUAUCUGUAAAUGGGGUUCUGGUACUGAUUUUUGCUUGCUACAAAAUGAGACAAAGGAUUAUGUUCGGAUUUGGAUCACCUCAAUUGCUCAAUUAUUCAAGAGAGCAGAAAGAUGGAAAUAAAGUGGGAACCACACCAGGAAGUGCACCCUGCCUCUGUCUAUUUUCGAUCCACUUGAACAAUUAAGCAAUUGAGGGGAUCUUUAUUCAACCAAGUUAUCCAUAAUCAGAAGGCAUUCGUUUCUUCUUGUACAAAAAUCUAGUGUGGCUCAAUGGUGCUGCUUGGGAGAGGCAUUAGGUCCAAGAAGAGGGGUAGGACAAAGGAUUGACGAUUCCCAGUUCUUGCAUUCUUUCUCCUUUCCUUUUCAUUUGUAAUGAUGUCUGAAAUGGAUUCGUUUUGCAUUUUAUAUUCUGUAAAUUAUUCAUGUGCAGCCAGUUCUGCUCUCUCUAAGGUUAGUGUGGUUUUGAUCAUAAAUUAGUUUAUGUAAGCUCUGUUUUGUUACUA